AUGACUACCUAUGAGAAGAUUGUCAAGGGUGCUACUAAAGUGAAGGUGGCUGCCCCUAAACCAAAAUAUAUUGAGCCCAUAUUAAUGGCUACAUCGUUGGAUCAUUCCCUUAUUUCUAAGGAGAACUUCAACACUAUAAUGAGAACAUUACAGGCACGAUUGCACGACAGUUCUUGGUCUGUCGUUUAUAAAGCCUUGAUUGUGAUUCAUUUGAUGAUUAGGGAAGGGGAUAAAAAUGUGACGUUAGAUUAUUUAAGUAAUCAAGCAUCGCCAAAUCUUUUAAAUUUGAACAAUAAUAACAUCAUCAAAAAUAGCAACAGUUUCAAUUCUGAUAUCAAAUUUAUCACGAGAUAUGCCAAGUAUUUACACACCAGAGUCAAGCAAUUUGAGUCGACGGGGGUGGAUUAUGUUAGAGAUGAAAGAUCAAAUAACAAUACCAAUCAGCAAGGUGGUAGAUUAAGAUUACUUGACGUGGACAAAGGUUUGUUGAGAGAAGUUGAAAGUGUCCAGAAACAAAUUGAUUCUUUAUUGAAGAAUAAUUUCAUGGAAAACGAGAUAAAUAAUGACAUUGUCUUAACUGCAUUUAGAUUAUUGGUCAAUGAUUUGUUGGCUCUUUUCCAAGAAUUGAAUGAAGGGGUGAUAAACAUCUUGGAACAUUAUUUUGAAAUGUCGAAAAUUGAUGCUGAAAGAUCUUUAAAGAUAUACAAAAAAUUUGUAGAUCAAACCAAGUUUGUCAUUGAUUAUUUGAGAGUAGCUAAGCAUUUGGAGUAUGCUACGAAGUUACACGUCCCAACUAUCAAACACGCGCCUACAGCUUUGACAAGUUCUUUGGAAGAAUAUUUGGAUGAUCCAAAUUUUGAAAUUAAUCGAAAACAAUAUUUAGCAGAAAAAAAGGGGAAAGACAAUAUUGUUCUGAAACCGACUCAAUCUAUACUUAAUAAGAAGAGUAAGAAUGAACCGGGCCAACAACAACAACAACCAAGAGAACAACAACAGAAAUUACAAGGUACUAGUAGUGAUUUGAAUAGACACAGUUCAUUGGUCGUGCAACAGACCUACAAUCCGUGGAAUACCAUGUUUGUCCCAAUUGUCGGAGUUGUGGAUCCGCUGCAACAAGACCAAGCUCAACAACAGGCUCAACAGCAAGCGCAACAGCAAGCGCAACAGCAAGCAUUGCAGCAACAAGUUCAAUUGCAACAGGCUCAACAACAAGCUUUACAACAGCGGGCCACACAGCAGGCCACACAGCAGCAGCAACAGACUUUGUUUUCACAAUUGCCAUCCAUUUCUCAAGGUAAAACAUUGCAAUCUACAUUUACUGGUGUUGGGUUUGGAGGAUAUGGCUCGCAGCCACAACAGUUACAAGCACAGCACACAAACCCAUUCAUCCAACCUAGUCAACAAUUACAGCAACCACAACAACCACAACAACCAAUAGGGUUACAGAGAUCUAAUACAAACCCAUUUUCAAGUAUGGCAACAGGUCAACAUCAAGUUUCACAACAACAGUUUGCUCAACCAUAUAGCCAACUGAACAUGAAUCAACAACCACAACCUUUACAAGCACAAUCAACUAACCCAUUUGCUAAUACAAGAUUCGCAUCUACCAGUCAUACCACAGCAUUCACAUUGGAUAAUGGAUCAAUUCAACCACAACAGCAGCAACAACAACAAAAUCAAAAUCAAAAGAUUCAAGCUAACGCAACUGGCAAUAAUCCGUUUAAAGUAUCACAAACUACCCUGCAGUUAUUUGAUAAUUAUGCUCUGACCCAACAACAAAACCAACACCAACAAUUGAAACCACAAGCAACUGCUGGUGGAUUGGAGCAUUUACCUACUAUUCCAGUCUUCCCGGAGACCCAACAAGAAGCUCAAAGACAAUUUUACUUUCAAAAUGCCCAAACUGGGCUAUACAACCAAGCAUUCCAACCACAACCACAACAGCAGCAGCAACAGCAACAGCAAGUGCAACAAUAUAACUAUCAUGAUGGUCCAAGCUUAAUUUGA